AGUUUUUAGCUGUGAACCUUCGGUUUGCGAACCUGAUAGUUUGGCGAUGGCGAGGGCUGCUUGCUUUGAGUUGAGUGCACUGGGUGCACAAGCAGGUAAGACCUGCAAAGCCCUUUCGACCUGCUGUGGAAUAGGUCAGAUCCUCUUCCCAGCUUCAGAGGAUCCCUCGCCCGCGGGAGCGAAGAUGGACGAAUCUGGAGCUUCGCGUGAGAGCUCCCUCGAUCGAAUGGAUGGAGGCACCGAGGAUCCUCAGCAGAUUGGCGCCGAACCUGAAAUGCUCUCAGUGUCGAAGGAGUCGGAGACCGAGUUGGCGGCCGAGCGGGGCAGCACCGAAUCUGACACCGCCUUGCCCGACGAUUUGCCUGAAGAGCCCGAGACCGCCUUUAACAGCGACCAGAGUGACAGGUUUCUGGCUGAGCCUCGAGCAAAGCCAGAUGUUGGGCGCUCUUUGCUGGAGCUUUUGAGGAGUGGGCAGCCCAAACCAUGUGCUGUUGAUGGCAGCGGAAGCGGGAUCGACAGCUCCAGUGAAUCUCAGGAACAAAGAGACGAGAUAGGCGCGCAAGUGCCGCUACUGCAGGGGGUUGGUGGAUUGAGCUGUGAGCUUUGGGAAUACUUUGUUCGGCCUUUAAUGGACAGCAGGCACUCGAAGGCUUUUGUUGGACAUGAGUCCUUCAAGGGCUCACCCAUUCCGGGCUCCAGGCCGCAGGUCUUGAUCGACCGACGAAAAGACACUCAUAUGAUGGCAAUGUUUAAGCCAUCUGGCUGGGCGACCUGCUCGACGCCACAAUGGGAAGGUCUGGAGGGCAAUCUGAUUCGCCACGUCUGGUGUUACUACAACGCUCCAACAGCAGCGCCAUGCCAUCGCCUGGACAAAGGCACUUCAGGGAUCGUCCUGGUGGCGACGAGCAAGAUCGCUUCAAAGUACAUCUGUCAGCAGAUCCUCAGCAAGACUCUGGUGAAACAGUACGUGGGUCUCUGCCAUGGCCUUGUAACACCUGGCAUGGGUGUUUUUUCAGCACCUCUGGCACUGAGCAGAGCAGACAGGCCUCUGGGCGCAUGCUCUACGGAAGGGCGCGAAGCGGUUACCCGCUACCGCGUCCUGGGCUAUUUCCGCAGCCACCGAGGAAGCUACACACUCGUGCAGGUACUGAUCGAGCAUGGCCGACAGCAUCAGAUUCGCUUGCAUAUGGCCUCCUUGGGUCAUCCCAUUGUCGCAGACGGCCGUUACAAUCCCUACAAGGCGAAAGAUGAUGCCGAGAUUUGUCCUCGCCUGUUCUUGCACGCAUGCUACUUGAGAUGCACCCUGCUGAAAGCCGACUCCGAGGAACCUGAAGCAUUUACGGUGGCAUGUAACUUGCCCAUGGAACUGAGACGCGUCCUGGUCUCGGAACUGGGGCUCGAUAGGACGGCGAGUUCUCAACUGCCGCUGGAAGCACAACAGCUUUGUGAUGCCCUCCUUUUCCCGGAAGAAGCGAAGCUGAUGAGCAAGAGAAUGCGGUCUGAAGACCUUUCCGAUCUGCAUGAAAGUCGACUUGCCUUGCGACGGAGAGAGGAGUUCUUGCAUCGCUUUGGCUUCAAUGCCAAGGAGCGUGCAGAGGUCUUGCGGAUCCUCAACCAGUUGAAGACGAGCAAGGAGCGCAGUGCUGCGCUGCAACAGUUUCGUGUGCUGGGACAAAGGACUCCCGAUUUUAUUGUGGGGCGCUUCGCCAAAUAUGUGGAAGGGCUACUUCGGUGGAACCAAAACAAGGCCGUGGAGGAUGACAUCGACGUCUACGAGGCGCCGGAAGAGCCUGCAGCGGACCAGCCGCUUCGACCGAGCGUUGUUGCGGUGGAGCCAAUGCUUGGAUUGCAGGCCCAGGAGCUGCUCCGAAGUCUUCAAAGCUCGCCACAGGAAGAGAGCGAGGAGAAUCUCCGGGUCGAUGGGCCUCUGCAAAUUCUGACCGAACCUGUUUGGUGUGAUGUUUGCGGCCUGACAGAGAAGCAGGUCUCUGUUUGCACGGCGAACUUGUCCGUAAAGAUGCGUCAGCCAGGAAUCUUUGGUCGAAGAGCUCCCUGUCAGCCGGUUCGGCGGCGACGACAGGUCAGGGAUGUGAGACAAUGGGUGGCCAAAGGAGGUGGCAGAGGUGCACAAGAGGAGCAAGAGGAGUCGGAUGAGGAUGAGUGUGAAGAAGAGGUGGAUGAGGAAGACGACGAGGACGUGGAGGACGACUCCGAGGCCGAGGCAAACGAGGACACAGUCACCUCAUCUUCCAUGCCGAGAAGGUGGAUGAGCCGAGCGCUUUCUUCAACGCAGCCAGCGCCUAUGACGAAUCCAAGCAGCAAGACCUCUGAAGAGUCUUCCAGAGAGAGGUCGGAGAAGGUCAAGGACCUGGAGAACUUGGUCCAUGAGUUGCUUCAAGGAAAUGGCGGUCAGGUCGAUGGCAUGUGGCUUGCCGGUAAGGUGGCAACAGGCUUCAACCUGCAUGUGCGCGAGAACAGCAAGCGCAGUGACGGCAGCCUCAAGAAGUGGUUGAUGUCCAUACCAGGCGUCGUGGUGGAGACUCCAAAGGACAAUACGGAACAGUGGCGCGUCAGAUGUGUCUAGGCGUGGAGUCCUCGUUCUCUGUUUCCCCAAACGAGACGACUGGUUACGACCAGAUGAGAUGUCGAUGGGACGGUUGUCGAUGAUGUCAACAUUUCUCCUUUUCGGUCCUUCGCAUCAUGGCCGUUCGGAUGGUGAGCUCGCGUUUCUGAGUCGGGCGCAAGGUGCUUUCGCGGAUUUAUGAAGGUUGGCCAGUCAGGCGCACCCACAAUGGCAUCGAGCGACCCAAAGUGUGCAGAGAUUGAAGCGACCGCUGAAGCGGGUGCACGGUGAAGAUAUUGCAUCCUCUGAUACUCAAUUUCAAUGUGACAGAUCUUGUAUAUAGGCAAACGCAGAAACAAAUAUGGCCCGCCAACAAGAGCGCGGCACCUUAUUUAAUCACUUUGCAGUAGCAGGCCCCGCUUGAAGGUUUGCUGGAUACUGCAAUGCAAUUUCUGGUAGUCCUGGCAUGGUCUACGGAGCUUCGCUCUAAGCCGUGCUUGGCAUUUAGUGUGGACAAGAAGGUCAAUGGACGCUUGUUCACUCCGUACACGGCAGUCUGUGAAGAUAUGCGUUGCUUUUCAG